AUGGAUGACACCAUCUUGGCACAAGAAGAAAGCGAUGAGCGCACCGGGGCGGGCGUCAUUCUCAGCAAGGAAGACCAGGCCAGAUAUGCUAAACUUUUGCGUCCCAACAUUCCUCCGCCCAUUGAUCCAUACUCCAAUGUGGCAUGGGAGGACUACGACCAGGUAGAGGAGCGCCUUGCACGCGUUCGCAUCGCCUGUUACAAGAUUGUGAAGCCAGAGGCCGCACAUGAACUCAAGGAACCGGAAGAGUACACCGAGGAUGAACUUUGUCAGGAGUCCUACUUUCGGCAUUUGGAUGAUGAUGAAAGUUUCGAGUGGUUCUUCCAUCGCGACGAUAGCCAGAAACCUGAAUUGAAUGACUACCAACGCAUUGUCCUUCGUAAUUUCCUGCCUGAUAGUUGUGAACGCCAGUACUGCUAUCACGACGAUUACCGCUCACGUUAUCAUACAUAUGAAAUUGAUUCCGUUUAUGUCAAGUACUAUGGAGAAAUAUCAAAGAAAAUAAAGUGGAUUGCAGAUUAUUUGCAUCUGGAUCGCAGUACCGAGGUGUGGAGAAACAUGGAUACUAUAGCAUGGAGGCAAGCAUUGAGGAUUGCAACACACUUUCCCCAUAUGACUGUUCGUUUAGCUGCUUUUGCCUAUAAUGAGUACAUUAUUGAGCUGAACACAGAUGCGUCCCUCAAGGACAUAGAUCUUCUCUAUUUUGAGAUAUGGAGGCUUGUCGCCAAGGAAGAUAGGAGAUACUUAGAUGCUGUGAAGGAAGUAUAUGAAAUGGACAAGUUUGCUAUACACAAAAGGGUACUACAUGCUGAACUGAAUGCGUUGCCUGUCUUUGUAACAAUAAAGCAAAUGAUUUAUUCUAUUGUCAAGGAGGGUGGCAUUGAUCUGAAGGCUAAAGAGGAUGAAGCUCGGGCUGUGUUUAGCAAGUUAGCUUUCGGGAAGCAUAAAACAAUGAACAUGGCGCAGUACGCUGAAAAGAUGAUGGAGAUCGCAGAUCGGUUGGGUUUGGACAAAAAGCUCUUCUUCACCAUUGUCAAGGAUGGACAUUGGGCAGUUGUUGUUGCGAACUUGAUGCAAAAAAAAUUCAAUGUUUUUGACUCCAGGAGCGACGACCCUAACUACAUCAGCAACCUUGAGCGGCCAUGUUGCAAUCUAAUAACAAACUUCAAAACUCUGGUGCAAGAACGAAACCCAUGGAAGCUUGAUCUUGACAAGUUCGAUUGUUUUCAGCCCAAAGGGGAAGCAUUUUUAGGCGUACCUUUUUUUGGCAGGUUUGAUUGUGGGUUCUUUGUUAUUCUGUACAUGGAGAAUCUAACAGCAAGGGGGAUGAAGCCAUUCAACACGUUUGUUUCCUUGCUUAUUGGUAUAUUUUUUGCUGAAACAAUGAAUCCUACUGGUUUUUGCGCUGAAGGACUAGCUGGCCCGCACCAGCGGCAGCAAUUUUGUGAGUGGUGGGGAUUAGCGCCGCACUGCGUGCAGCCGUGCCUGGACGGCGGACAAGGGAUUCUAUUUCUGAAACAGAAUGGCUAUUGCAGGAAGUAA